AUGAGUCCCUACCAGCACGACCUGCUGGGCCACGAUAAUCCGAGGGUGGAGAAACUCGUACCGAACCUAAUGUCCAAGACCAAGUACGUCGUGCACUAUAGAAACUUGCAGUUUUAUCUCGCCAAGGGACUCGUGCUGACCAAGGUUCAUCGCAUCGUCGAGUUUACGCAGAGACCGUGGAUGAAAGAGUACAUCGACAUGAAUACUGAGCUUAGAAAGGCGGCAAAAACCGACUUUGAAAAGGACUUUUUCAAGCUAAUGAACAAUUCCGUUUUCGGCAAGACUAUGGAAAAUGUUCGCAACAGGCAAACCGUUCAUUUGUGUAAAACUGGCGAAACUCGUAAAAAAACCAAGCUCUUUUCGCAACCAAACUUUAAUAGCUUUGUCGAUAUUAACGAUGACCUCGUUGCCAUCCACAUGAACAAGACGCGGGUCAAGCUCAACAAACCCAUCUAUUGCGGAACGGCCGUCUUGGAUCUGAGCAAGCUUUUAAUGUACGAGUUUUGGUACGACAAGCUCGUACCCGCGUACGGCGAUCGCGUCAAGCUCUUGUACACAGACACCGAUAGCCUGUUUCUCAAGAUCGCCACCGAGGACGUUUACGCCGACAUGCGAGAAAAUUUAGAUUGGUUCGACACGAGCAACUAUGACGAGGACAGUCGUCUGUACAGCGAGAAAAAUAAAAAGGUUCUAGGAAAGAUGAAGGACGAAUUGGGCGGACGCGUCAUGACGGAAUUUGUAGGACUCAGACCGAAAAUGUACUCAAUCAAGACGCAAGAUCCGAGGUUGGAUGUCAAGCGGGCAAAGGGAGUCGCCAGAUACGUUGUAAGGGACCGUUUAAAUCACGACGAUUACGUGCGAGUGUUGGCGAGAAGAGAGGAUAUGCAUUGCGACAUGAGUUCGAUUCGAAGCAGCAAGCAUGUGCUUUACACGAUCAAGCAGACUAAAAAGUCGCUAUCUCCGUUAGACACUAAACGGUAUGUACUCGACGACGGAAUAACUACCUACGCGUACGGACAUAACAAGAUAGAGCAUACCCCUGACUAG